GGGGGACCGGGGCUGAUCGUUAAGCGGCGAACACGACGUCAUGGAGGUGCCAAGGUUCCCCCGACCAGCACCGAAUCUCGCAAGUACAGUGACCGAGGAGCUCGACGUGACAUCGGUGCUUGCGGCAGUGUCUCCCGAGACUCCGGCGUCGCGACGCCGACAUGCAAUCGUCCGCGGAGGAGUGCGUCUCCCACGUGGUGGUGCAAGUGCAGGUGCAGGUGGAGGUAGAGCAGCAGCGGAACGUAGAGGCGCUUAUUUCCGAGGGUCUAGGUGUUUCGUCAAAAACUUGGUCCACCCGCGCGACAAGCGCUCGUCACGUUUCGCAUCCCGGCAACGGGUCACAGAAUUCCGCCUAAGGAUGAUGACGGAGCGUCGCGAUGACGAUCACGACUCCGACGACGACGUCGUUUGUGCCGUCGGCCCACAGCGACCUCCGAUGGGUGUAAGUAAUUCACCGAAGAUAGAUCGCAGCAUGCAGAACGGCGAUGCGGAAGCUCGUCAUCAAGGGCAUCAGGAAUUGUCCCCCGCUGCCUCGAGAUCAACGGGGGUUCAAACAUGCCCGACGAUUCCGUACCGCCUGCGGAUGUUUCCUUCCCUUCAAGACCCGCCUUUACUCGUACGAGAUUCCGCCGAGAAUCCAAAAGAAUCGUCAAAAAUAUGCAAGCAUUUGAGACUUCUCGGGCGGAUGACCCUCUGCCAGUUUGGUUUAGCAUGGCUUUUGAGCCUUUGGGCGAUCGCAGGAGCGGCGGCAUUUUACAGCACCGAGGGUCCUCGUGAACGAGAACAAGUUGCUGACUUGGCGGCAAAGCAAAGGGGGCUGGCGAUCAGUUUAGCCACCGAACUGCGUCAAGUUAAAGCCGAGGAACCGAUUUGGGUCAGCACCGUUCAAAGCUACUUUCUCAAACACGAAAACCUUCUCCUGGGCGCCGUGAGCUCUGGAUACGGGGAAAGCGGCGGUGGUGGAGGCCAGGUUUGGACGUUUCCCGGGUGUUUCCUCUUCGCCGUUUCCCUGCUGACUACCUUGGGAUUCGGCGCUCCGGUGCCCCGAACAACGCCAGGACGAACAGUCGCGGUUUUAUUCGCAGCGAUCGGAAUCCCGGCCCACUUCCUGCUCAUCCUGAACACGGGGAUUUUCCUGGCUGUACGUCUGCAGAGUUUUGCAGUGCGGCGAAAACAGCAGGGAGGAAAUAGCGAAGACAAAGAGGCCGUCGUUCAUCUGGAAUACACGACUAUUCCUCGUUGGGUGAAGAUCGUUCCCUUCGCUUGCAUAGGCGGAUACUAUCUAAUCGGCAUAUUAUGCUUCGGGGUUGGAAGGUUGCGACCGCUGGCGGCGAGCCUGUUAUUUCCCUUGGAUUUUACCGCCGCUGGUGGUUUGGCAACGACUUCCGGUCCAGUCAGAAUCGCCUAUGCGAUUUACCUCGAGGGCGCGGUUACGAUUGCGGCCGUGGCUGUGGCCAUACUCCAAGUAUCGGCUACUCAGAGCCUUACAAAUAUCGGCUUGAAAUACGGCCUCCUCACGAACACGUAGCGAAUACACAAGUUUACGGUGUGCGUUCAAUUUUACUCGACGCUACCAAGCGUAUAUUAAUAUUUCCUCAACAGCAGUAGCAGCAGCAGAAGUCCUUGUUAAUGAUAUGAAAAAGAAAAGAAAAUAAUGAGAACCUAUUCCAAAAGUAACGAAUCUAUAAGAUGUUAAUCGCGUUUAGUCUGAGUUCUGUUGCGGAACCUGCAGAUCACUUAAUUAAACUCUGAUUCCAAGAUAAAGUUUAUUAUUUUGUGAACUCGGAUAAAGGAAAGAGAUGAUAAUGAGAAUUCUGAGAAAGAAAUGUACAUGAAUUAUUAAACUGCCGGUUUAAGUAAGCUUCUGAAAAUUGCAAGGUUUCUUGGCACAACUCGGCAGCGCAUAAAUUGAUAAAUAGUGGAUGUAUGAAAAUAACGAACGGAUGAAUAGAUGAAUGAAAGAAAUCACGUUACCUAUAUUAUACAUAUACGAGUAUGUGCGGAUGUAGUAUAUAAGCGGUAGAAAUGUAUACUUUUUUUCUUUAUAAGUAUGUAAAAGCGAGAAGAUCCAGCCAAAAGUUGAUCAUUCCCUUUGAUUAAGAGAGUUUGCAAGCUAUCUGUAGAAAAUCAAUUCGUCGAAAGGUUACCGAAGUACAACAAAUCACUAUAAUAAUAUCGUCUAAAGAAGUGAUGCAUAUCAGUUGAAUUCAAAUGCCACAAAAAUUUAGCACGAGCUAGAGUUAUUAUAAUAUGCAUAACUUUGCAGUACUGAUAAUAACCGAUAUGCUAACGAAGAAAAAAAACAGAACAAAAACAAGAACCAAAUCUUUGGAAGAAAUAUAAUUUCUAUUUCAUGUAACGAAGACUUUUUUGUUUUUUGGUUCCCUUUUAUGUUUCACUACUGCAAAGAAAUUUUUCUACGCCACAUAACAUGUGUAUGGUAGGUGUACCUAGAUGUAUAAUAGAUUACUCGAUGUUGUAUCAUUGAUCGCUACUCCUCCCCUUCCCACACAAGUGUGAUACAUAGAUAUUUUAUAUUAUAAAAUAAUAAACUUACCUGAGUGCUUUUUAUAUAACUAUUAUUAAAUAUAACUUAUAUGCACAUGUACGUGUGUAUUUCCGUACAUAUAUUUUACCGUGAAUGUUGAUAGUAUGUAAAACAGAUGAUAGAAAAAUAUAGAAAAAAAGAAAUACCUAUUGUACAAUUAUUAUACGUUAUUUACGUACUUUACAUGCAAGAAAUGAAUAAUAAAAUUAUUUAUCACCGUU